GUCAUGCGCGGGAAAGAGACCGGGCGCGCGUUGGUGAGGGUGGACGCUCGGAUUGGUGACGCGGCUUCACCGGCAACGGAAGCCUAAGGAACCGGUCGGGGAGGGGGGGGGUGGCACCGGACACGGUGAGUGCGGACACCAAGCAUCCCAGCAGUCAGUGCGGCCGUCAGGGGGCGGAGCCGAGUUAAAACUAUUGGUUACAAUCUACUGCUGCCUGUGUCCGAGUGGGGCGCCAGAGAGCUGGGCGGAGUUAAGCAUUGCCCUUCCCUCCAGACUCGGAAUAAUGUCACGUGACCAUCCCUUCCAUCAUUCGUCAGAGAGCGCCAGCCGGUAAAUGUCUGCUGCUUGGCGUGGGACGGUGCAGCUAGACUGGGAUGGACCAAAGGAGUUCUGCUAUGUCAGGAGUGGGUCCCAAUUCUGAUGGGCCUGUGAAACCUCUCUGUGCAUCUGGCAGUAAUACAGACUCCAACUCUGGCACCAAGGAGCAGGAGAAGUCCCCCAACACCCUCCCAGGGAACGAGGCACAGCAGUUCUCUGUCACCCAGACUGACUUCUCAGAGGGAAACCUAAAGCUGAAAAUUGGCCUCCAGGCUAAAAGGACUAAGAAGCCUCCAAAGAACCUGGAGAACUAUGUAUGUCGCCCUGCAAUAAAGACUAGCAUCAGAAACACACGGAGACAGGCCACCCGCAAGAAGAUGGACAAUGACAGAGACAAGCAGGAUUCCCCCAAAGUGAUGAAGAAGUCUGGAGACAGCCAAGCUCUGGAUGACCCCAAGGUCGAGCGUUUACAAGUUAAGCCUGAGGAGGAGAAGAAAUCCUCAUCAAAGAAUUCUUCACCUUUGCACUCUGAAGUAACUGAGCACAACAAGGCACCAACACCGGGACUUGUUAGUAACAAAGACUCUGACUUAAAGGACAGGGUCCUGGUAAAUGGCAUAGCCACCAGUGUUACUGAGAAACUGGCCCAGCUCAUAGCAACCUGCCCACCUUCCAAGUCUUCCAAAAUCAGAGCCAAAAAGCAAUCUACAUCAGCUCUGGGUGGCUUGCCCACCAAUGAGCGGGGAACACUAGAAACAGACUCAGCUUUAGUCAGGAUUUCUUUUGCCCCACCUAGCAGCUCCUCAGAUGACCUAGACAAGAAGAUCAGCCCCGUGUUGGAGAAUACUAAUGGACGGCAAGCUAAGGAGAGUGUCCUGGAAAAGUUCAGCAGUAGAAAAGAGGCCCAUGAUACAGAGAAGGAAGCUUGCGAGGAUAGGACAUCUGCACCUCCCAAGAAACCUUCCCCUGUUGAGAAAGGUGUUCCUGAGGCUGGCACGCAGGAAAAGCUUUGUCCUGUAUAUUGCACUUCAUUGGACUACAGGAAGGGUGGUGCAUCUGAUGCAUCAACGUCUGUGUCACCGUUCAGUGCGGUAUGUGAAGGGAAUCUGCCUUCACCAACACCGGCAACGUCUCUGACAUCCUGCAGUAGGAGCUCAAAUGUGAAUUAUCCCCAUUCCCCCUCCAAUUCAUUGCACUUAACCCCUGACACAUCGUGUGCGGAAUGUAUUGAUGAGCCAAGUGACAAAAGCCAGUUUACAUCUGACACUUUACCUGCACAUCAGGGGCACAGAACCUCCCAACACUCUAUGGACUUUGUACAAAAUAACAAAACGUGUAAAGAGGUCAAAAAUGUUUCUUUAGUCAAAGUCAGCAGCCACUUGUACACUGGACCAUGUGUGUCUAACAAGAAACCUACCCAGCGGGUAGAGCCUGCUGCUCACAAGUCAGAUCCCUCCGUUGUCAGCUUUGCAAGUUUGCUUCGAAAGAAGCAGCUGAUAAAAGUCAAUUGCUUGACAGAGAAGCAGAGCUCCACCGUCCAAGCUGGUAGGGGCAACAUGCAGGCAAAACACUUCAAGAAACGUAAAGGUAAGAAACUCAGGUGGACGAAAGUGCCCACUAAAAACAUCCAUUCCUCUAAGGAAUCUGCAGCACAUAAGCAUCAGGACAGAGCCCAGAAAUAUGGGGGUAGAACUGCAUUCACUAGUCAUGUCCAGAAGUCAGCCUUGCCCAAACCAAGCACUUCCAACGAUGCACCUGCCAAGGAAACCCACAAGGAGUCUCCUAAGCUCUAUAAUACUUACCGGAGCUAUAAAAUGGUAUGCACUUCACAAGAUGGUUUACUUGCUCAGAAACUUAAUCGAGGAAAGCCAAAGAGUAAGGACAUGCCGCAUUUGGAUAGUCCUCCCAAAAGAGCGUUAAAAAUCCCAUCUUUUAAGGUUGUUUCCUCGCAGUCGAAAGAUGAACAGGGGCCUCCUGUUCUCCAACCAGAAGUAGAGAUUCCAACUCUCAAAACAAACCUACCAAGACCACUAUUUCCACGCAAGAGAGGGAGGCCCAGAAGGGAUGCUGCCCCCCCUCUGCGGGCUCCACCUGUGCUCUCUGUUGCACCUUUUUUGGUGACUGAUAAUCCUAAGCGGACAGAUUGUGAAAGUGAGCGGCAGCAAAAUGAAGACAUUCUACACAGCAAGCUGCACACAAAUGAUGACUCUUACAAAGUGGGCACUCCAUGUGGUGGUGAGCCUGAUAAGAAGUCUGUGAGGAGGAAUAAUGGUCAGCUCAUGAAAACCAUCAUUCGCAAGAUCAACAAGAUGAAAACCAUCAAAAGGAAGAAGCUGCUGAGCCAGAUCCUGUCUGGAGGCACUGACCAAACCUGCAAAGGGAAAGUACAAGCAAAGAUGCAAGGACCUGUCUCCACCCUUGCGGCUACGUUCAGCUCUAAACUAGGGCAGCAAAUAAACGUGAGCAAGAAAGGAACCAUCUACAUUGGAAAGAGAAGAGGCCGGAAGCCAAAGGCAACAGUAGAAUGUAUUAUGGCCAAGACUUCGGCCAGUGAUGCUUUAAUGGAGAAACCAGGUCAGCAAGAGUCGAACACAUUGAGUCAAAUUGUGUCACCUGUGAUCUCUCCUGCCAUGUCCAACCCUGACAUUCUCCAUUCUCCCAUUGGUUCUUUCUCCUCUGGUGCAAGUGAUGCCCAUAGCCCAGUCAGUGAAGCCAGCUUUGUGGAACCAAGUCCAGUGCCAUACACACACAUGCACUCCCGACAUGGUACCUUCCUUCAGACCCUUGCAAUGAGAAAAGCUUCCAAGGAUUGUAGACAGUUGUCUCCUCCAAUGUUGCUUCCUAAUUCUCCAUCACAUGUGAAUGAAAUGCCAUCUUUGAAGGAAGCCACGUCUUCACCCAUCAGUGAGUCCCACAGCGAUGAGACUAUCCCUAGUGACAGCGGCAUUGGAACGGACAAUAACAGCACCUCGGACCGCGCCGAAAAGUUCAGUGCACAGAAGAAGAGGAGGCAUUGCUUUGAACACAUCUCGCUCAUCGUCCCAGAAGCCUCAGCCGUUCUGAGCAGCCUCAAGGAGAAGCACAAGCAUAAGUGUAAGCACAGGAGCUACGACUUCCUAAGUUACGACAAAAUCAAGAGGCAGAAGAGGAAACGGAAAAAGAAGUACCCACAGCUGCGCAGCCGCCAGGACCCAGAUUUCCUGGCCGACUUGGAGGAGAUCAUCGCUCAUCUGAGCGAGCUCCACAUUACUCAUCGCAGUCAUCACUUCAUUCCAAGGGAUUUGCUCCCUACAAUAUUUCGCCUCAACUUUAAUAGCUUUUACAGUCAUCCAACGUUUCCAUUGGAUCCUUUGCACUACAUCCGGAAACCGGAUUUAAAAAAGAAAAGGGGACGACCACCUAAAAUGCGGGAGGCGAUGUCAGAAAUGCCAUUCAUGCACAGCCUGGGCUUUCCACUUUCCAGCACAGGCUUCUACCCUUCAUACAGCAUGCCUUACUCUCCCUCCCCUCUUACUGCUACCCCCAUUGGCCUAAGUUAUUAUGGACGAUAUCCCCCUUCUAUUUAUCCCCCCCCUCCAUCUCCUUCCUUCACUGCACCCAUUCACCCCCCCUCUUAUAUGCACACAGGUCAUUUAUUACUUAACCCUGCCAAGUACCAUAAGAAAAAACACAAGCUGCUGCGGCAGGAAGCUUUCCUGACAACCGGUCGAACCCCGCUGCUGCCGGUGGGUACGUACCCCAGUGUCCCCCCAGACAUUGCAUACAGCUGGAUGGUUGAGCACAAACACCGUCAUCGUCAUAAACACAGAGAACACCGGUCAGAGCAGCAGCAGCCUCUCUCCAUUGAUCCUUUGGCCGGAGUUAGCUCUUCCAGGACAGUAUUGGAGUCUUUAAAACGUUACAGGUUUGGUAAAGACAAUAUUAACGACAGGUACAAGCAUAAGGACAAGCAUAGAUGUCACUUGUCGUGUAGCCACCUCUCUCCAGGGAAAGGAUUAGUAAGCAGAGACGAGCCUUGGGCCCGCAGAGAAGCCCCGGAGUCUGGCUCAUUGGCUCUUGGACUUCAGUCUCCAUUACAGAUUGAUUGUUGCAGCAGUUCUGCCGGCCUCUCACUAACUAGCCUCACUUCAAAUUCGGAGACCGCCAGCAGCGAGGAGCACACCAACCUGUUCACCAGUGCAAUGGGGAGCUGCCGAGGAGGCCUUACAGCCAGUGUCGGGCGCAAAACGCUAAGUGAAAGCCCAUCAAUGUUUUCAGACAGCAGGACACUGAGGAAGGACACCCCUCAGACAGGAUGUCAGGAACGCAGCCAGAGAACUCCAGAGCGGUUAAGUUGUAGUCCUUCCAGAAGGCGGACAGCGUCAGAGAGUACUUCAUGUUCAGUCGUCGGGGUCCCAUUGCGAGGCACAAAACAUGGCUCUACGAGUGAAGAGUCGGUGGAUUGCUUGCUACAGCGGAACAGCUAUGGGGAGAAGCAGAGUGCACUGGACAAGGCAGUGGACAGUGUCCUUGCUGCUAACUCCUCUGUGUCUGCCUCCUCCAGCCCAGCGAGAGGACUCAGCCGGGAGAAGAACCAGGGCAAGGCAGACUCUGCACCCCUGGAACCAUUGAUAGCUAGUUUAGGAGUGUCUUCCAACCGGCUGCCCAGCAACUCCUCCAGUCAUAACCUGAAGAGAAGCGUGGUGGAGGCCAUACACAAGCAAGCACGGAGAAUGUACAACUACAAUAAGAUCCUGGCCUCCAAGAAGAACCUGGAUCACGUCAAUAAGAUCCUGAAAGCCAAGAAACUGCAGAGACAGUCACGAACCGGAAACAACAUCGUGAAGAGAAGGCCUGGGAGACCCCGAAAGUACCCACUGGAGGAGGCCAUCCCUCUGCAGCUGCUCUCCCGAGGGGUCAGGGAGCGAGAAGGUGGCCCCAGGGCCGACACGGUUACUGAUGUCAUUGAAGCCGUAGUGCAAGGCGUGAGUCUGGAGACCGAGCAUCGCAAAGGGUGGAAGAGGAAGUAUCAUGAAAUGGAGAAGCAAGUGAAGAAAAGGCAGAGAACAGAUGAAGAGAAAGAAACCAGCGCCAGUGUGGCUGAGCUUCACCUUGGGGACGUUUCCUCUCUUAUUGGUGCUGACCUGAACCGUGAUGUGUGUGAUCCUGUUAGAUCCUGUUACAUGCCGUCACUUGUGCAGCGAGAGAAGAAGGUGGCUCGUCCUCCUAAGAAGAAAUUCCAGAAGGCCGGCCUCUUCUCUGAUGUCUAUAAAACCACGGACCCAAAGAGUCGCCUGAUGCAGCUGAAGAAGGAGAAGCUGGAGUACAUCCCCCGUGAGCAUGAAUACGGGCUCCUGCCGGCUCCUAUACACAUCGGGAAGUAUCUGCGACACAAGCGGAGUGACUUUCAGCUGCCGUAUGACAUUCUGUGGCAGUGGAAGCAUAAUCAGUUGUACAAGAAGCCAGAUGUUCCACUCUACAAGAAGAUACGUUCCAAUGUCUACGUGGAUGUGAAACCCCUGUCGGGAUAUGAGGCCACCACCUGUAACUGUAAGAGGUCGGAGAACAUGGAAGAGCAGGGCUGUGCUGAGGACUGUCUGAACCGAAUGAUUUUUGCGGAGUGCUCCCCCAACACUUGUCCAUGUGGAGAGCAGUGUGCCAACCAACGGAUCCAGAGACAUGAGUGGGUGCAGUGCCUGGAGCGCUUCCGGGCUGAGGGCAAAGGAUGGGGCAUUCGCACUAAGGAGCCGCUGAAGGCCUCACAGUUCAUCAUUGAGUAUCUGGGCGAGGUGGUGAGCGAGCAAGAGUUCAGGAACCGAAUGAUUGAGCAGUAUCACAACCACAGUGAUCACUACUGCCUCAGCUUGGACAGUGGCAUGGUUAUCGACAGCUACCGCAUGGGCAACGAAGCACGAUUCAUCAACCAUAGCUGUGAUCCCAACUGCGAAAUGCAGAAGUGGUCUGUGAACGGGGUUUAUCGGAUUGGAUUGUACGCCCUGAAGGACAUGAUGGCCGGUACUGAGCUGACCUAUGACUACAACUUUCACUCCUUCAACACUGAGAAGCAGCAAUUGUGUAAGUGCGGCUUUGAGCAGUGUCGCGGAAUAAUCGGCGGUAAAAGUCAGAGGAUGAAUGGCCUGAAUAGUAAGACUGGGCACUUAUCCACCCAUCGAAGGCCCGGCCGCUCCAAGGAGAAGAGGAAAUCCAAGCAUCGGCUAAAGAGGAGGAGGGGUCAUCUGAGCGAGGACCGCAACGACAAUGUCAGCUCUGCUAAUCGACUCUGCCCUCAACUACAUAUGAAGCCAAUGUCCAACAGAGAAAGGAAUUUUGUGUUGAAGCACCGUGUGUUCUUGGUGAGAAACUGGGAGAAAACACGGCAGAGGCACGAGGAGGUAAAGGAUGAUCUGAGCUCGUCCCCUUUGUACAGCCGGUGGAGCAGUGUGUGCAGGGAUGAUGGCAACAUUAAGUCUGAUGUCUUUAUGACCCAGUUUGCUGCUCUGCAGACAUCACGUUCUGUACGUACCAGGAGGUUAGCGGCUGCUGAGGAGAACAUCGAGGUGACACGGGCAGCGCGGCUGGCACAGAUAUUUAAGGAGAUAUGUGAUGGGAUCAUCUAUUCUAAAGAUUCCAUGAACCGAAGCCUCGCAGCUCCACUUCUCAGCCUACCGCCCAAGAAAAAAAACCCUUACUACUAUGAGAAGGUUGGUGAUCCUCUAGAUUUGCUGACGAUUGAGAAGCAGAUUCUGAGCGGAUACUACAAGACAGUCGAAGCCUUUGACACAGACAUGUUGAAGGUUUUCCGUAAUGCAGAGAAAUAUCAUGGUAGGAAGUCGGCAAUUGGGAGAGAUGUGUGCCGGCUCCGGAAGGCUUAUUACAGCGCUCGGCACGAGUCUGCUGCACAUAUCGAUGAAAUCUCAGGGGAAACUGCUAGUGAAGCGGACAGCAGUGAGACCUCCCUGUACGACAAGGAUGGUGGCCACGAGAAGGAGGAUGACAUCAUCCGCUGUAUCUGUGGCCUUUACAAGGAUGAAGGAUUGAUGAUUCAGUGUGAGAAGUGUAUGGUGUGGCAGCAUUGUGACUGUAUGGGUGUGACGUCUGAUGUGGAGCAUUACCUUUGCGAGCAUUGUGACCCCCGGCCCGUGGACAGGGAAGUUCCCAUGAUCCCGUGUCCCCAUUAUGCUCAGCCCGGAUUCAUUUACUUCAUCUGCCUCCUACGAGAUGAACUCCUCCUCCGACAAGGUGACUGCGUCUAUCUCAUGCGGGACAGCCGGCGUACCCCAGACGGACAGCCCGUGAGACAGUCCUACCGACUCCUGUCACACAUCAACCGCGAGAAGCUGGAUAUCUUCCGGAUAGAGAAGCUGUGGAAGAAUGAGAAGGGGGAGCGCUUUGCCUUUGGACAUCAUUACUUUCGGCCACAUGAAACGCAUCACUCACCAUCCCGGAAGUUCUAUCACAACGAGCUGUUCCGUGUGCCGCUGUAUGAAAUCAUCCCUCUGGAGGCCGUGGUCGGCACCUGCUGUGUUCUUGACUUGUACACAUACUGCAAAGGACGUCCAAAGGGAGCCAAAGAGCAGGAUGUUUAUAUCUGUGACUAUCGGCUGGAUAAAUCCGCCCAUUUGUUCUACAAAAUCCACCGCAAUCGGUACCCAGUCUGCACCAAGAUUUAUGCCUUCGAUCACUUCCCCAAGAAGCUGACCCCAAAAAGGGAUUUUUCACCUCAUUACGUGCCAGAUAACUACAAGCGGAAUGGUGGCAGGUCAUCAUGGAAAUCUGAGCGACCCAAAGCAUCAGGAGAAGAGAUGAUACAAGAGGAGCCGAUGUCUGUGAUGGAGGUCCUAAUGGUGAAUAAUGAUGCCCCUCCAGAGAUGCUAGACCCCCCCCAGGUGGAAGUGAGUGAGAGCAACACAGCAGAGACCAACAGCCGCCCCACACGCCUCUGCUCCCCGCUAGAAUGUCGGCAAGCCAAGAGAGACCGCCUCAACCGGAUUCUUCUCCAGCUUCUGGAGAAACUGCCAGGGAAGAACGCCAUCGAUGUUACCUAUCUCCUGGAGGAGGGUCCAUGUCGGAAACUGAGACGCAGAACUCUUAACCUUCCCGAGUGCAUUUUUAGAAAGUGACCUCAGACUGUACUGGAGGCGAGAGAUGCUGUGGCCAGAAGAGCAGGGCUGGGAGGUCAGCUGACCCUUCAGAUCUCCCAUGUACAGACGGAGCUGUGGAGAUCAUCCAUCGUACCCAGCACGGCUGCUCACCAGAUUCUUCAGGGUCACCUCUAGGGAUUGGCUCUGCUAUGGUAUUUUCUCACCUACCUUGUCUCAUUGCAGCACUUUUCCACCUUUCUAGCAGCAGAGGCCCCCCUUACACUAAGUACCCACAAUCCUCUACUGUUUCUUGGACUGCACCUUGUGUCCAGUCCUCCUGCAGAAUGUAAAGGCUGGAGAUCAGCAGACACAUGGCGGCUUCUUCUCACUGGUGUUUACAGUAAUGACUUACCCCUAGUGCAUGGAGUGAGAUGAAUGGAUGAGGUGGGGGUCUCCUCUGGGAACCACCGCCACAUGGCAGACAACAGGCACUUUACUCAAUGUCCUCAGAGUCGGGAGCCAUCAAGCUGCAUCUAUGAUCAAGAGGCACUUUACCCAGCGCAUCCCAAGAGCGGAGACCACCACACCCCCCCCCCCCGAACCUCCCAGCGCCCAGGAAGAAGGACACCCCGGGGCUGGCGGUUGUAAAUAAAGCAAAGCUUCAGAAUUGUUUCCUGUCCUUAUAAAAGAAGGAAAGAUUAUGUGAUUAUAUAAUAAGGUGCCAAGUUCCAUGGGUGUAAAGCAAUACGAUACGCGGCGGCGCCUGUCUGGAUGAAGCGCUCAUCCCGGCCGGAGCAAACACAAAUCAUUUCAGUAAAAAAUAUUUUAUUAAAAAAGGUGACAGAUGUGUUUUGCAUAUUUUCUUACUGUCAAGCGCGGACGGCCUGAGUAUAUGAUAAUCCCCUGGGCGCACUGCAAGCCUCAGCAGCCCCUGCACUUUCUCAUGGUCAUCUUCACAAAAGAAAAGGGAAAGCAUGUUACGGCGGAGGCCGGCAGCGGCGCUGCAGACAAUCACAGGCCGGAUACAAAUCCAUAUAUAUCGAUUUUUCGUGUGCGUUGCUUGUGUUUGAGUUUUUUUUCCUACUUGUGAAAAAUUGUCAUUUCUGGUUGUUUUCUAAUAAUUCUCAAUGGUUUUUAAACUCUAGAAGCACUACACCCGCCAGGCCACUCCACCUGUGCCGCCUCGGGCUCUGUAAUUUGCUGCUAAUUUGUUUCAUUUUUACAAGGAGACGUAUAAGAACGUAGUGGAUUGUUUGGAUGUUAAUCUCUGUACAUGAUGUAUUACCGAUUCUAGCAAUGGAUGUAAUCUGCAGUCGUCUCAGUCCCUGAGAGUCUAGUAUUAAACGGAAACAAAGCCCUCGCUUUCCUUAAUCUCA